UCAAGAUUAAAAUAGAUCUGCGCGUUUCUCUCUAGGUAGUUGGAAAACACAUCUCAGAUAGGGCCAUCUUGGGCCAAAGACGUGGCGGUAGAGAGGCCUGUCCUAGAUAACCAGGUUCAUAGACUGAUUGUGCCCAGUACCUUGCGUCCGCGAUGGAUACCUCCCAGCCUGGUGUAUCUGAUUUUGUCCUCCUUUCGGAGAUUACCGAAGAAUCGAUUGUGGAAAAUAUACGCAAGCGCUUGGAAAACGAUGUCGUUUACACUUUCAUUGGCAACGUUGUCGUCUCCAUUAAUCCAUACAAACAACUUCCAAUAUACUCUCCCGAAUGGGCAACGAGAUACAAGGGGUCUAACAUUUAUGAACAUCCUCCACACAUUUACUCGAUUGCCGAAACCGCCUACCGGUCCCUACUGACCCACGCACGAGACCAGUGCGUCCUGAUCACGGGGGAGAGUGGAGCGGGAAAGACGGAAGCAUCAAAAAUCUUUCUGGGUUAUGUCGCAGGCGUUGUCGAGGGAGGAGAGGGUGUGAAGGAGCGGUUGGUGAGCGCCAAUCCGUGUCUGGAAGCAUUUGGGAAUGCGAAAACCGCACGAAACGAUAACUCUUCCCGAUUUGGCAAAUACAUGGACCUGGAAUUUGAUUUCCGAGGACUACCUGUCGGAGGAAAAAUCACUACAUAUCUACUGGAAAAGUCACGCGUGGUACAUCAAUCGUCCGGGGAACGAUCAUUUCACAUCUUUUACCAGCUUCUAUCGGGAGGCGAUGAUGACCUUUUAUCACACCUUAGCCUUACCCGCAAUACAAGCAACUAUGCCUACCUUUGCCACCCAGCAGAAGACUUUAACGAUGCGCAGACGUUUACUGCUAUCAUUCAGGCAAUGCAAGAGGUUGGGGUCAAGGAAGAAACACGAAGGUUCUGGAUGGAGAUCGUGGCGGCCGUGCUGCACUUGGGAAACAUUAGAUUUGAAGAAGAGGUUUUGAUGACGGAAGGAGACGAGGAAAAGGUUGGUGUCGAGGGCAGUCGCGUAGUCGGAGAGGAAGCGUUGUCGCACGUAUCUCGGCUUCUUGGCAUUACCCCAGAAAGUCUGUCGCAGGUUUUGACACACCGCUCGGUCUAUGACCAGGCAAAAAAAGAAAAGAUCACCGUCCCACUUCUGCCUGGUCAGGCCACCAAGACGCGCGACGCCUUCGCCAAACUUCUUUACGGUCGUCUCUUUUCCCACCUUGUCACCACCUUGAAUGGAUGCAUUUCUCCAGGCUCUGAAGCAGAGCAGAGAGGAUUUAGCGUAAUCGGAGUGCUGGAUAUUUAUGGAUUUGAGGUUUUUCAGUCAAACGGGUUUGAUCAAUUCCUAAUUAAUUACUGCAACGAGAAGUUGCAGCAGCUGUUCAUCGAACUGACAGUAAAGUCCGAACAGGAAGAUUAUGAAAAAGAGGGAAUUGAGUGGACCACAAUCGAUUUUUUCAACAAUGAAACAAUCUGCGAACUUAUCGAAUCGAAGAACCGAGGAAUUAUCUCACUUCUGGACGAAGAAUGCACGAUGCCAGGAACCCCCACUCCCUUGACUUUCCUGCAAAAGCUCGAUAGUAACGUAAUUAAGCACCCACACUACGACUCACGAGCUAAACAAUCACGCAAUCGUUCAAAUCCGGCGCUCACUGGCUCCGCCCCACAAUCAUCACAACUCCUACCUCAUAACGCUUUUACAUUGAAGCAUUAUGCAGGAGAUGUUAUGUACGAGGUGGAUGGAUUUUUGGAUCGCAACGUAGAUGCCCUCUGGAGAGACGUUGUUUUAUGUAUCGCUGGGAGUGAAAAGACAGGCGUGAGGGAAAUGUUCCCAGAGGAAGGGGAUGCGGGAGUUGGCGUCGCUGGUGGUAAAGGGCAGAAGAGGCCGGAUACAUUGGCGACUCAGUUCAAGACAUCAAUGUCAUCGCUUAUUCAAAAUCUCAUGUCAAAGAACCCCCACUACAUCCGCUGCAUUAAGCCCAACGCCUCCAAGCGGCCAGAUGUUUUUGAUCAAGAACUGGUUCGACAUCAAUGUCGAUACUUGGGUCUUCGUGAAAACAUCCUCGUCCGUCGAGCAGGUUUCUGCUACCGGGCACCUUUCACAAAGUUCCUUGCGCGAUAUAAAAUGCUGGGGCCCGAUCGAAGCACAGACCCAAAAGGCACCUGGCCAAAUUACCGUGCUGGAGACGUGCGUGAAGGAACAUUGAAGGUAUUGCAGGAGGCUGCAGUUGAUGAGAGCGAAUACAGGCUGGGAAAAACCAAAGUGUUCAUCAGACAUCCAGACACGAUUUUACGCAUCGAGAUGCUCCGUAACGAAUGCAAGACGUGGUUAGCAACCAUUAUUCGCGCAAUAUGGAUUGGCUCUCGCGAGCGCCAAGCAUUCCUGAAAACGCGGAAACAAGUAAUCAAGUUACAGGCAUAUUCCAGGAGGCGUCUCCAUGUUGUCCAAUAUCGAAAAAUCAGGAAGGCGAACUUGAUCAUUCAAAAAAAUGUCCGAGGAUGGAUUGUCCGUCGACAGUAUAACCACCUCCGACGUACGCUACCCAAAUACGCCGUUCUACCGAUACAGCGAGCCUGGCGAAGACACCAUGCGCGCGUAUGGUUGGGAACGGUCGCGGAUUCUGUUCGACGAGCAGGCGAUGCCUGGAGACAAGUAGAGUGGCCGAAUGCGCUCAAGGGACGCUUGGGCAAGAGUGUGGAUGAACUCGUCAGACUGUGGUAUCGCAGAAUUUCGGCUAAACGAUACCGCGCGCGAUUACCUAGUGACAGGAAAUGGAAGCUGACAUGGAAAGCGACUGCAUACGACGCAUUCCAAAAGAAAGCGUCAUUUGCAGAUAGCUCCAGGCAAGUGUUUCAGCCAGAGCAUGUUCAGGUUGUGGGAAAUGUUCCUGGGGAAAUCCUCUCCGCCAUUACAUGCAGCAAGAUCCACCGAUCAAAUCCUUCCAAGCAAGUCGCGCGCCUGCUUGUCCUGACACCCUCCCAUGUCUACACAAUGGAUAAGAAUCACAUCAAGGACAAGCUCCCGCUGCAAGAUAUUAUAGGCGUGUCUACAUCCACCCUGAACGAUGGCAUCAUGAUGAUCCACUGUCCGUCCAAUGCUAAAGGAGAUGUCGUCGUGCGAAGUGACGAAUUUUGCAUACAAUUUAUGAGUCGCCUGUUGUUGGCAUGCAAAGACUCGGGAAAGAGUAUAAAAGUGACGGUAGAGGACAGAUUGCGAACAACAUUUUCGGGUGGAAAAGCCAUCACCGUCACAUUCGCGAGGGGAAAGAGCGACCAUGUCACCAUCAAGAAGGGGAAAGACGGAUGGCUUGUUACUGUACCUUCAUGAACAUGCUUUAUUACCUUUGUGUGCUUCUUUUACACUCGCA